CUCAUGCUGGCAGCGCUAUUUGUAGAAUAGAGAUACUGUUGACAGGCUAAGCCGUUUGUCAUGAAGUCCAAGGAGAAUGGAAAAAAAUCAAGAAAUAAAGGAAAAAAGAAAGUGGACAGUGAGCUGGAAGAAAUUCAGUCUUUAGAGGCACAAUAUGACUCAAUCAGCGCCGACCAGGUGUCGACCUUCGAUGACCUGCCGCUGUCGGAGCGCACGCGCCAGGGCCUGCGCGAGCACGAGUUCCUGCAGCCGACCGACAUCCAGCGGGAGGCGGUGCUGCUGGCGCUGCAGGGCCAGGACGUGCUCGGAGCCGCCAAGACCGGCUCCGGCAAGACGCUCGCCUUCCUCAUACCGAUGCUGGAGCUGCUGUACCGGCGCCGCUGGACCCGCGUCGACGGCCUCGGCGCACUCAUCAUCACGCCCACGCGAGAGCUCGCCUAUCAGAUCUUCGCCGUGCUGAGCAACGUCGGCAAACAUCACGACUUCUCUGCGGGACUCAUCAUCGGCGGCAAGGACCUCAAGUUCGAGCGCAAGCGGAUGGACCAGGUGAACGUGAUCGUGUGCACCCCGGGUCGCCUGCUGCAGCACAUGGACGAGAACCCGCUGUUCAGCGCCGACGGCCUGCAGAUUCUGAUUCUGGACGAGGCGGAUCGCUGCCUGGAUAUGGGGUUCGCCAAGGCCAUGAACGCCAUCAUCGAGAACCUGCCGCGCGAGAGGCAAACGCUGCUGUUCUCGGCCACCCAGACCAAGUCUGUCCGUGACCUCUGCCGGCUGAGUCUCCGUGACCCGGUGUACGUGUCGGUACACGAGAAGGCCAAGCACAGCACGCCCGCCGGCCUGGCGCAGAGCUACAUCGUCUGCGAGCAGCACGAGAAGACGGACACGUUCUGGUCCUUCCUGCGCCACCACAAGCGGCACAAGAUCCUCUGUUUCCUGCAGACCUGCAAGCAGGUGAAGUAUAUGUACGAGAUGUUCUGCCGACUGAGGCCCGGGAUCACGGUGAUGGCGCUGUACGGCUCGCUGCACCAGCUGCGCCGCAUGGCCAUCUACGACGACUUCUGCCGCAAGCAGCGCGCUGUAAUGUUCGCCACCGACAUCGCCGCCAGGGGGCUCGACUUCCCGGCGGUGCACUGGGUGGUGCAGCUGGACUGUCCGGAGGACGCCAACACCUACAUCCACCGGGCCGGCCGCACCGCCAGGUUCCAGCGGGGAGGCGAGACGCUGCUGGUGCUCACGCCGCGCGAGGAGCGCGGCAUGAUCGCCCAGCUCGAGCAGAGGAAGAUACCCAUUCAGAAGAUCGAGGUGAACAAGGCGAAGACAGCCACCGUCCAGCGCAAGAUGGAGGCCCUGCUGGCACGCGACGUCAACCUCAAGGAGUCGGCCAAGCGCGCCUUCAAAUCCUACUUUAAGUCAACGUUCCUGAUGAAGAACAAGGAGGUGUUCGACGUGGCCAGUGUGGACACGGAAGCCUACGCCCGGUCGCUGGGCCUGGCCGUAGCACCCCGCAUCCGAUUCCUGAAGAAGAAACAGCUGAAUUCAGCCGCCGAGCAGCCGGCGCCGGCCGCCGAACCCCGCAAGGCUGAGACGGAAGAGCAGGCCGAGGACAGCGGCAUUGAGGAGACGAAGCUGUCGGCCGACGGCAAGCCCUACAAGCCGCUCUUCCGCACCGCCUACAGCUUCCACGACGACGGGGCGGACGCCGACUCUGGCGAUGACUUGCUGCGGGUAAAGCGGAUCGAUCACGAGAUCGGACCCGACGCGCUGGUGGAGGCCGAGCUAAAGCGGCGCGAGCAGCGACGCGCCUCCAAGAAGGUGACCAAGGCCGCCGCCGCCCACCGUGUACUCAAGAAGAGCAUCCAGCCGAACGUCAAGGUGGCCUUCAACGAGGACGGCGAGGCGGUGCUGGACAACACGCGGCAGCAGGUGUCACAGCUGGCGCAAGAGUACCAGCGGGCGGGCGGCAGCGGCAUCGACUUCGCCACCGUGCGACAGAUCCUGAAGGAGGAGGAUCGCGUCGACCGCGAGCUGUUCCGCGAGAAGAUUAAGGCCAAACACAAGGAGAAGAAGCGGAAACGGAAGCCGGAGCCGGAGUCGGACGACGACGCCGGAGCUCCGCGGCUGGCCUCCCCCGCCGACAGCGGAGACGAGGCCGCUCCGGCCGAGCUGGCGCCACCCUCCGACAGCGACGAGGAGGCGGCGAGGCCUGAAGACGAGGCGGCCGGGGCGCCGACGGCGUGGGGCGCGCAGUCGGACAGCGAAGCGGAGGAGGAGGAGACCAGGCCGGCGCCGAAACGAAAGCGGGGCGCCUCACAGCCGUCGGCGAAGCGGCGGCGGCGGCGGCGGCCGGCUGACGCCGAGGAGGACCUCAUGGAGACAGGCAUGACGGUGGCGGAGGACGAGGCGUUGGCGCUGCACCUGCUGGCCCGCUAG